CUUGUUCAACAACCCCUCCGCCCAUUCAUCCCAUGUCCCGCGUACCUGAAUAUCAACACCUGUCCAACGUUGUACUCGCUAAAGUUCGCUGAGAACAAAUGAUUCAUGAACGAAAGGUGGAUCCAGAACUAGCGAUCGCUGAAUCGAUUUCUUAUUUUGAUUCUACAGGUGGAAUUCAUUGCCUAGCUCUACUUCGAACAGUACAAGAUAAGGAUAAGGACAACAAAAAUGAGGAAGCCUUCAACCUUACGGGGGUGCAGGUGCACAGGGCGGAGUAACCGUGUGGUAUUGGGCUGGGGUGUCGCAAGUACAAGCACAACAUGGUUUGUCGGGGCAGUCAGUCGUGGAGACCGAGGAAGCGGAGCAGGAGUCGUGAAAGUAGAACUCAGUGCUGUCGAUGUAGAAGAUACAAAUGAUCAGGUACUAUACAACCGUAUACUCGAAGUAGAGGUUUGAUGUAGCUCCUCGCAGUUGAAUUAGACUCAGAUGAAUACAUAGAGACAGAUAGAGAGAACGAGGGCAUAGGCAAGGGCAGAAUCUCGUCAACGUCACAUGUUCCCUUUCUUAGAAUAAUUGAAAUAGCACAUUGAUUGAAAAAUUUCAGCCAUAGGCGAUCUCAGUACAACUUUACCUCGACUAACUAAACCACCAGGAGAAGCCAGUGAAGGAAGCGGCUCCAGCACAGAGGAAGCGAAUGCUUAGGACCGAGCGCGAGACCUCUAAAAAAGACAAAAGUGUGGAGCAACCGAAGGGGCAGAAGAGUAGUACGUCCGCCACUCCUCCAACUACAA